AUGGCCGAUUACUUUGCCGAAAACCCGGUAUACACAGAUGAAAUGUUUAGGCGUCGUUUCCGAAUGAGCCGUCGUCUUUUCUUACGUAUAGCCAACGAUUUGGCUAAUUAUGACCCAUUUUUCACAUUAAGAUGGGAUGCUACAGAACUUCACGAGAGAGUUUAUCAAUUUUGCAAAGGGGUGGUCAAGCUAUACAACACAAAGUACUUACGGAGGCCAACAAAGAAUGAUAUCAUCAAGUUGUACCAGGCACAGGAAAGUAAACAUGGUUUUCCUGGAAUGCUUGGUAGCAUAGAUUGUAUGCAUUGGCCUUGGCGUAAUUGCCCUAAUGCAUGGCGAGGUCAUUUUACUCGUGGUGAUCAUGGUCAUCCCACAUUAAUUCUAAAAGCCGUGGCAUCAAAUGAUCUUUGGGUUUGGCAUGCUUUCUUUGGUGUUCCUGGUUCGGAUAACGACAUUAACGUUCUUGGUCAGUCAGAUGUUUUCAAUGAUAUCAUUAAUGGUACGGGGCCUGAUUCUAGGUUUUCGGUUUCAGGAGUAGAAUAUAAGCACGGGUAUUAUCUAGCUGAUGGAAUAUACCCAACAUACACGGCGAUUGUUAAAACUAUACCGUAUCUAGAAGAUGAAAAAAAGAAAGAAAUUUGCAAAAUGUCAAGAAUCUGCUAUGAAAGAUGUUGA